GCCCGCCGCCUCCGAGUGAGGGAAUAAAGUUCAGGCCCGGGCCGGGCGGUCCUGCGCACAGCGCGAGCGCGGCCCGCGAACGGCGGCGGUGCGGGGCGAUGGCCUCGGAGGAGCUGGCGCAGAAGUUGCAGCGGCGGCUGCUGCUGGAGGAGAGCGGGGCGGAGGGCGAUGAGCGGGAAGCGGAGGUCCCGGCCCCGUCCGAGGAGGGCGAGGAGGAGCGGAGCUGCCUGACGGCCAGCGCGGGCGCGGAGCUGAGCGCUAAGCUGGCCCGGCGGCACGACAUCAACGAGGGCGCGGCGCAGCCCCGCCGGGCCGCCGUCUUCAACCCCUACACCGAGUUCAAGGAGUUCAGCCGCCGGCAGAUCAAGGACAUGGAGCGCAUGUUCCGCCUGUAUGACUCAGGACGGGAUGGAUACAUCGACCUGAUGGAGCUGAAACUGAUGAUGGAAAAGCUGGGAGCACCACAGACCCACCUGGGCCUAAAGAACAUGAUCAAAGAGGUGGAUGAGGACUUUGAUGGGAAGCUCAGCUUCCGUGAGUUCCUGCUGAUUUUCCACAAAGCUGCAGCUGGGGAACUUGAGGAGGACAGUGGACUGUUGACUCUUGCAAAGCUCUCUGAGAUAGAUGUCUCCAUUGAAGGAGUCAAAGGAGCCAAGAACUUCUUUGAAGCUAAGGUUCAAGCCCUUUCUUCAGCAAGUAAGUUUGAAGCAGAAAUAAGAGCUGAGCAAGAUGAGCGGAAGCGAGAAGAGGAGGAAAGGAAACACCGCCGAGCAGCUUUCAGGGAGUUAAAGUCUGCAUUUACCCAGUAAGCAGCCAGCCAAUAUGUGCUCUGAUUGCACAGGACUUGGUACGUUUUCCAGAUCAGGGUUCUACCUGGAGAGAACAGCCUGGAUCCUGCCAAGUGAAGCUGUAACAGAUUUUAGUCUUCCUCUCUUGAAGAUCCUUCCGAGUUUCUAAGGACACAACUCUUGUGGUUACUAUGCAUUCAUAACGAUGUGAAUCAGAAGAGCUGUGUGCAUGCUGUUUGCUUUGAACUGUCAGGAGUACAUCAUCCUGAAGUAGAAACAGCAGGUAGCAAAUCAUGGGUAAGCACUGACAAGUGUUUACCUACUUCAUUCUUUCUCUUUCUGUACACUUUUCCUUAUUAAUUCAUUCCUUGCUUACAUUCAUGUAGUGAGGUCUUGUGUAAAGCAGAGUGUACAAAGUACAGAUUCACUUCCUGUAUGUUUGUGCCACUGCUGUCACACAUCCUAGACUUAUUAGUCUUCCUCAAAGCCCUGUGCUGCAGGCACUGAAAGCACUGUGAAGAGAGAAAGAUAACUACUAGGGACAGGGAUCAAAUUAAUUAUUUCCUGUAGCUUUUUUCUUCUGCCCAGCAUGUUGGAGAGUCUUCCAGUUUUUCUUCUCUGAAGUGCCAUACUAACCUUUCAAUAAGAUGCAGGAUUUCUGAGAACUUUGAAGGGAGGAAGCUGGCUCUCUGAAACAAGGAAUAGAAAACUGAGUUGCCUAAUCAUGUAUCUUCCACAUUCCAUCAUGUUUAGUGUACUAUAUGGCUUCACUGUGCUUUUCAGCUUUAGCUGUAUCUGUUUUUAAGGGAUACUGCCAGAUGGAUGACAAAAUUGGAUGGCACGCAGGGUUUGUUGUUUUUCCAAUUUGGAUAUGUGCUCAUCCUGAAUCAUAAAGGUGGUGGUGGUGUUUGAUUUCAUUAGAGCCAUAACAGAUGAAACCAGCCCAGCAUACUGAGCGAUCCCUGCUCAAGAAGGGAAAACCAGAGAGGCUACCAUCUUUAGCUGAAUUGGAUUUAGAGGGCUUGCACUGUACUUAGCUAUUUCCUUUAACACACAAAGGUUAAAUACCUGAUGCUUGUCUGGAUGUAUGCUGUAGGUUAUGACAGAGGGAAGCUGUGUUCCCUUGGAGAGACCUCUCAAAACAUGAACUUGCUCAAAUUCUGUCUUUGCUGUUGCCCCAGUUGGUGCAUGUUUUUUUCUCUCCAGACCAAAAUUCAGCAGUCAUCUAUUUCAUUUGUCUGAUUUGCUUCUUAAACUAUGAGCACUAAACUGUGAGCGUGGAAUAACAAAUAGAAAAACCUCUACUCUUUAAUGUCAGGUGAAAGAAUUGCUAAACAAUUAAACUGUGUGUAUAUAUAUCUUCACAGAUUAUAUUUUAUAAAAUCACGCUUUUUUAGCUAAAUAUUUAUAAUUAAAUGUUUUUAUACUUUACAACAAAGCAAAUAAUUUCAUCUUUGAUUAUUUCUCCUGUUGCUGAAAUGUACAAAUAAAGCAUCAUUAUCUCCAGUCUCUUCUGUGAUUAUUUUAGGUUCCAAACUAUAUUGUUUUAUUUACAAACUACUGUAGUGAUCCCCACUCCACACUGUGUCAGUGUCUGAACCCCAGAGCUCAGCAUCCUGAUUUGGGUGGGUGAGGAAGUAGAGGACCCUUCUUGAUAUGCUUUUCCCUUCUAUACAGCAGCUCUAGUUCAAAGAGUUAUGUUUGCAAUUCCUCUGAAAAGAACAUGGCUGUGUAAAUAUUUGAGAUACCGUCCACUGGUGAGUGGUGACAGCUGAACAUUGUCAGCCUCCCCAUAUCUUAAAAUAGCCACUGCAUCCCAGCCCUGAUAGUGCUCCAGCUGAGAGCUGGGCGGGUUGUUUCAGCUGCAUUUUGCUUUGCUUUUCCUUUUAUAAAGGGGAAGGAAUGCACAUGAGUCUUCAAGUGUGUCCAAGCAUUUUGGUUCUGUUCUUGCUGAUCUCCUAACCUUUGCUGGCAGGGUCAGCAUGGAGGGCUCAGGAGGAGCCUGAACUGUUUCAUUGCAGGCACAAUCAAGUGAUGACAGGAAAAACACAAAUACUUUACCCAGACAGAUCUUUUAUAUGGCUUUGUUCUGUAUGUUGUGGGCAGCUGAUGCAUUUGUCACAUGUCUGUGUGCCCUUGGAUCUCUGAGGUCAGGUAAAAUCGGGAUGAUGGCUCCUUAGUCUUCACUUCUGUGGGAAAAGGGCAAAGCUGCAGCUCUUGAAUUCUUGUUUUUUUUUCCCCUGGGAAGUGCAGUAAGUGCUGUUGCCUUGUGUUAGUUUGCACACAUAGCUGUGCAGGGCAGCAGCAGGGGAGUGUGGUAAGAGAAGUUCUAACAUUUUUCUAAAUAGAUUUGAGCCAAUUCUAGGUGACAAGUUUCAACAAGGAUUUCAACAAGGAAAUCAGCACUGUCUGGCCCUCACAUAUAGUUCAGGCUGCAGUGCCUGGAAGCAUGGGUCUUCCAUCUGGUUGUGCAUCAGUAAUAGGACAAGAUAGCCAGGUGAGUCACACAAAGUGGGAGGAUGUCUAAACAUGGGUAAAAGGUUGCUCUCUAAGAAGAGGAUCAGCUAUAAAACCUAGUGUCUGUAGCAAGCUGACUUUGCUCCUUAGUCCUUUCCAAAGAGGGUGCCAGUCUCCUGGGUUAACUGGAUUUUGUCCCAGCCCAGCUUUUUUUUAUGAGGUCAUCUUUGGCAUGCUGAGAGCAAGUGUGUCAGGUCUGUAGCUGUUCUGUUUGAGCUCUGUUCAAUUCAAAUGGGUGCUGUUGGCAUUUUUAUUCAGCGUAAUGAAGAGUAAAUGUUUUUGGAUGUAUACGUAUUCUGAAGUUGCAACGCGAGUUUUGAAAUCAGCUUUGCAAGAAUUGACAUUGAGAAGUUAAUUGCUCUUUAAAUUGUUCUGUUUUGCUGGCAAUUACUGGACUACAUGACAGUAUAAUUGGGUCAUUCAGAACUAUUAAAGCUUAGCUGAAUUUCUGAGCCAAUACUUACUGGUUGACAAUAUGGACUUAUAUUUAUUUGUCUAUAAUUAAUACACUAUAGUUCUUGAUGCUGUCAUCUCUUUAUGCCUGAUGUCACCACAAUGGCUUUUAAAAAUCUGGCAAUAUCAGCUCUAUUUACUGAAACGUGUUGGUUUGGCACCAUUCAAGUGCCACAGGUGACUCUGGGUGUGCUUGUGAAGGUAAGAACAGGUACGUCAUGAAAAAUCUAUUGCAGAUGCAGGUCUUUCUCAGAACGGAUGAAGACUUGUCUCCAGUCCCUGAGCUCCUAGCACAGGAACUGCAGCUCGUCCUUUUUGUUUAAAAUUUCCCAGAGAAGGAGACGUACAGCUGAGAAGUCACAAGUACUCAGCAAAUGCUGAGACUGAGUUCUUAAAUUGCAGUGUGUUUCUCACUGACAUUACUGUGGUACUCGUUAGGACUGCAGCAGACACCACUUGAUGGCAGAAGCUCUUACCUAAAAAGCUCGGUGUAGGCACACUCAAGGAAAAAGGAAACAAUACAAUGUGAGGGUAUCUUGCCUCCAGCUUCUUUGUGGCAUAGAACUUAGACUUUAGCUGUGAAGAUUAAGCUGACCAAACUGAAUUGUAACCUUAUGGGAGCAACCAAAUAAAUCCUUGGCAAGAUGGAUUGGAAUAACCAGAGUACUUCACUGUUGCUUUUCAAAGUCAAGUUGCCAAAUCUAAGAAAGAUGUCUUAAAAUAACUAGGUGUGCAAAAGUAGCAGUGUUUAUGUGGUAGUCUUUCAGCACGAGCUAUCUGAGGUGACAGAUGCACUGAACUGACUGGCUUUAAGAACCACACUUGGAUGUUCUUCUGCCUGCCUCGUCUGCUGUUCUUACUGUUAUUUUUAGGGACGUGACAAAUGAUGAUGGUUUGUCCCUCUCAUGGAAGGCAGACACUGCUGAGACUCUGUCUGACUCCUCAGACAGAAGGCCCAGUACUUCAAUAAACAGGGGAGCUGCUUUUCCAAAUAACUAAACUGGAGGUUGGGAGGGUAGAUGUGAAAAUCUAGCACAUGUUUUGAGCUGCUUUAUGGUGAUUACUACCAUUUCGAAGCUGUGCUUUAUGCUCAUAGCUUCCCAGCUUACUGAGGGAUGCAGGUUCUUGCUUUCAUACUAGGUCAGGUGAAAGCAACGGAUCAAUAAGAAAUGCCUCUGGUUUGUUAGGGAUGCCAUUUCCUUGCACUUGGAUUUUGAAUAGCAUGGAUGAAUUGACACAGCAAUCAACAGGGCUCUGAGGUACAUUGUGCCCUCAGUACCUGAGGAAAUCUCAGCCUAGCUAUUGGGGUAAUUUCAUCCACAGACAACAUGCAGUCCUCUAAUUAAGCCAUGCAUGAACUUAACCACACAUAGAGCUUUGAGUUUUCACAACAACCUUCCCGUUCUACUUGAAUGAGAGCUGUGGAGGACUUAAGAGUCACUUACCAUUACAGUAAAUCUGAGUUUCCUUGAGAUAUUUUAGAAAAAAAGCUCGGUUCUAUAGACAUCUGUCAGACAUUCUCUUCCUGAAUUCUUGUCUCUUUGUAUUAACGAGGAGGGGGGGAUCUCUAGCAGUGCUGAACUUCUCCCAGCUCAAAGUUUGCAUUAGAACACACAGUAUUUUGGGUACUUAAAUGCCUGUUCAGUAAGAAUAAUAAGGGACGGCUGCUUUAUGGAAGUUCUUACUGACAGCUUGCAACGCAGCGCUGCCUCUCUCCCUUCCCCACACCGUUAUUAACACGGAGCUGUGUGACAACAUGCAGGGGGACCAAACGCAGCCCGUCGGCGCCCAGCUCCCUGCCGGGCAGCCUGGCUUUAACCUCUCAGCCUCCUAAGGGAGGCACUGCUCCCAGUUUCGGGCCCAGGAGGUCUGGGUCGCUCUCAGCCAAAGCUCGGCCUUCAGGCACGCAGCCUCGUCACCCGUCAGCUCGCGAGGAAUCGCUCGCAUCCGCUCUUGCAUCAUUUUUGGCCCCGGUUCGGCGCACAGUGACGAGGUCAUUCACCAGCACAGGAGGCAGGGAGGAGCUGGAUUGUGGCUGCGAUGAACGGCCGGUGCCGAAAGCAGGGCCGCGUGUGGCGGCGAGCAGCCGCGUGGGCGAUUCCGCACCCCGCGCUCAUGUGGGCCUGAGGGCUAAAAAUAAGCCGGCGUUUCUAGCUGGAAGUUUGCCUUGAGCUCCCGAGGAUUUUCCCUCGGUUACUUCGGACCCGAAGGACGGACGCACCGCGAUCUUCCCGCGGGGCUCCGCGCUGUACCGCCGCGCACGGCACCGUCACCCGCUCGCAGCGCGCGGCUGCGGGACAACGCGCGUCACCGCGGGCGAGGCGGCUUCUCGUGGGAAGCGCCGAAAGGAACCGAGCGCCGGGAGCCCGGGCCGCGCUGCUGGCCGCCCUCCUUCCUCCGGCUGGCGGCCGCUGCCGGCAGGGGGCGCGCGCUCCUCUGAGGAAAGCGGCGACGCGCGCGUAGCGCGGUGACGUCACGAGGGCGGUGCCCCCGCGGGGGCGGGGGGAGGGGAGGGCCGUCGCUCAUCCGGGUCCCGCGGCGGAGGCGGGGGGCGGGGCCCGGCCUCACGUGACGUUGCGUGGCGGCGCGACCGCCAUCUUGUGUUGUUGGGGCCGAGCGGUCGCUGUGGCUGUGAGGGACUCUCCGUCCGAGAGCGCAGGUAACGCCGUCUCGCCGGCUCCCUGCCCUCGCCGCCCCUUCGGCCGCCUCCCCGCCGACACGCUCUCGCCGCCGCCGCGCUCUCCGUCCCCCGGAGCGGCUCCGGGCUCCCGCGGCCCCGCGCACUGGCCUGCCCGGCGGUUCCCGUCCGCCGCGGUCUGGGGGUGCCGCAGCCCCGCGGCCUACAGGGCAGAGGAGCUCUCGGGCCCGGCCCGGCGGCGGGAGCGCGCCCGCCCGGCGUCCCCCGCUCCCCUUGCGUUGUGCUGUCGCUGAGCUCGGCCCGGCUUUCGCCGGGGUGCGGGCCUCGCCUUCUCCGUGCGGCUGCCCGGCGGCGACAGGCUGUCAGGCGGCGGCGGGGCGCUCACGGCUCCUCACGGCCCCUCGCGGCCCUCGGGGUCGGCGGCCGCGCCUCCCGUCACGCCGACCUGCGUGGGUUUCCUCCUCCCCGCCCGGCCGUUGGGCCUGCCCGCACGCAGGUGCACGCUGAGCGCAGCCUCUGCCCCGCUCGGAGCACGCCCGGCAAUGUCAGGUGCUGCGGGCUGAGGAAGGAAGGAAGGAAGGAAGGAGCUCGUGGAGCGCUGAGCCUCUCCGGCCCGCAGGCGCAGGGUGUUGGAAGCAGCCAUGACCAGCAAGCAGGCCUUUGCAGCCCCACGAGAGCACUGAUCACGAUCGUGUACGUUUGGUAUUGAUCUAAGACGAGUCGUUGCAGUGUCAACAAAGGAACUCUGUGUAAUCCCACUUUGAAGUGGGACAAGUUGCAGGAUAACGGGAGGCACUGCCAAGUUGUACAUGUGGAAUAAAAUGUAUGUUUUUCCCUGUAA